AGUGGGUUCUUGUCUCCCAUCUCCUGGGGGGUGUCCCGAAUAAGGGGACACAUGAGCCUGUUGGGGCAUCCCUGGUGUUGCAUGUCUGGUUUUGGUGCAUGCAAUAAAAUGCUACUUUAGGGUUGGCUGGUUGGGAUUUUCUUCUGCUUUUAAGCCCUUGUCUAUGAAGACUACUUUCUCAAGAUCUCUAUACUUUUUUUUUUUAACUUGACACACCUGUAAUUUGUGUUAUUAUUCUUAUUUAACUUUUCUCCUACCAAAAGAGUAUGGGCCGAUGGCAUGGGGUGUGGCCCCCUAUUUAGGAGAUUAAUGAACGUUGGCUUCAUGCUUGGAUCUCUUUGGAGAAAGCUGGUCUGAGGUCACUGUGAUUAGGGGGCGGUGGGGGGGUAAGGUGCCAGAAAAGUAGGUUCUCAGGCUGCUGCCGGGCACACUCAUGCCCUCCCUGAGCCAGAGACUAGACCACGCCUGCAGGUAAAGAAAGGUCAGCAGAAGCCGCUUCACGGGCAUCCAGAGGUGGGACUGGACAUGCACGGAGGUUGCAUUUUGCCUUUUUUCCUACAUAAGGACCAGAGUCACACUCCAGCUGAACAUUUUAACAGAGAUUGACCUAUCACUUUGGGAAUCCUGCAGGGAAGGUGUGUUAGGGGCUAAGCAAGCUGACUUUUGAACCUCCUCCAGCUCCGGCACAAUAGAACUUCGUCUAGGACACAGACUGAGCACGCUUGGCUUUUGUAACCAUUCCGGGGUUUCUCAUCCACGCCGACAACAGUCCAGGUGCUGGGAUGCCCGGAACAGUUGACCUUGGGAAGUAGACUUCCACAAUAGCUAUUAUCCCGACACAAUGGGGAAACAUCUGGGCAGAUGCUGGUUGGCCAUCGUCUGUGUCCUGCUGUUCAGCCAGCUGUCGGCGGUCAAGGCGAGAGGCAUAAAGCACAGAAUCAAGUGGAAUAGGAAGGCCUUGCCCAGUACCUCCCAGGUCACGGAGGCGCACAAGGCAGAGAUCCGCCCCGGGGCGUUCAUCAGGCAAGGCCGGAAGCUGGAUAUCGACCUGGGAGCCGAGGGCAACAGGUACUACGAGGCCAACUACUGGCAGUUCCCCGACGGGGUCCACUACAACGGCUGCUCGGAGGCCAACGUGACCAAGGAGAAGUUUGUGAGCGACUGCAUCAACGCCACGCUGUUGGCCAACCCGGAGGAGCUGUCCCGUGAGAAACAGGACCACAAGCUGUACCAGCGGAUCCUGUGGCGGCUGAUCAGGGAGUUCUGCUCAGUCAAGCACUGUGAUUUUUGGUUGGAGAGGGGCGCGGGACUUCGGGUCGGCGUCGACCUGCCCAUGCUGCUCUGCCUGCUGGUUUUCAUUUGGUUGAUCGUGAAAUAAGCUUGCAGGCGGGCCGGCGGCCACAGGGAUGAGAGGGUGAGCCAUGGGCUGGCGUGGCCCAGUUCUCCCCCAGGCCCCAGCCCCCCGCGUGUCCCAAAGGUACCAAAGAGCCGUGAUUCUCCAGUGCCUCAAGGCGCACUGGCGAGUCUCCCCUGGGGUACCUGACUGUAUCGGGUAAAUAAUGUGUGGGUACCAAGUCCGGCCCCACGCACUGCCUUCUCACCUCCCCGGGAGGCAUCUGGCACGGUGCGUUCUGCAAUAAAUAAUGAACAAAUGUUCGGCGAACAGAGAAGAGAACAUGCCAGGGACCGGGCCACGCGCUUCCCGGUAUCCCCAACCCCUCCUAGAGACAGGGGUUCUUCCCACUGUGUAGACAAGGAAACUAAGGCUCCAAGAGGUGAGGUGGCUAGAAAGUAGCCGAACCAGAAUGCAAUCCUGGCUUGUCCAACCCCAGAUCUUCCAUUCUGUGCAAUCCCAGAGCUGCCUUGUGAGUCCUUUACGGCUUGCCAGGCCCAAAUCCAAACCCAGAUUUCCGCCUGAGCUGAUGGCCAUGGAUCCUGAUACCUUGUUCCAGGCAGGUUGUAUUUAAUUCUUCUGAUGAAGCUAAGAUACAAUAAAGGGAGUAAACGAUCAUAGAGGUAAAGUGAGACAAAGGCCCAGAAAUCACGGUGUAAGGCGAUCUUGCCAGGCUGAACUCCCAGAGCAGACCAUUUCCACAGCAGGAUGUGUCUAGGGCACAAAGAUUUCUUUCACCAGAAGGAUAAGUGUUCGCUCUUCCUCUCUCUGAAAUAUCACCUGGAUUUGAGAAAAUAUUUUUAAAUGACACAUUUGCUUUGCAAUGUUCCCUUAGUGCUAUAGGGGCAUCUUUUUAUGUGCAUGCACAUGAGAAUCUCUAACCAUACUCCCUUUACACGGGUCCGGUGGCCGAUCUCCAGCUGUUCUUUUAACCACCGUGUUGGGGUGGGGCUGUCAUUUCUGUGAACCACUUAUCACUAUAAAAGAAUAAUUCCGGGCGCCUGGGUGGCUCAGUUGGUUAAGCGACUGCCUUCGGCUCAGGUCAUGAUCCUGGAGUCCCAGGAUCGAGUCCCGCAUCAGACUCCCUGCUCAGCAGGGAGUCUGCUUCUCCCUCUGAUCCUCCCCCUUCUCAUGCUCUCUCUCUCUGUCUCAUUCUCUCUCUCAAAUAAAUAAAUAAAAUCUUUUAAAAAAAAUUUAAAAAAGAAUAAUUCCUUGCCAAAAAGUUUCAAAAGAAACUGUGUCUUUAGGGAGACCGAACAAAGAAUUCACUCAUACCAUAAGCAAGGGUAGAUAUGGCACUUAGUAUCUACCUCUUAUUAGUUAAAUAUAUAUUACAAAAUAUGAAUACGACUUAAAUACAAAUAAUGAAUCUAAUGCUCUAAGAUGUCCCCACAGGUCCUCUGGGAUACUCUUAGAGACCCCCAGGAAUUGUUGAACCAUAUUUGGAUGCACUAGCUGCUGACUAUUAUCAAUUCUCCUUUAAAGAGAGUCCGUAAAGGGGGGGGGGGGAAUGUACAUUCUCACUUUAUCCUAAGUAUUUUAAAACAUGAAUGUUGAUAAUGGUACCUCUUGUUCUGAGCCUCCACUGCUAUCAGCAUUCUUCUCAAGGAUACUUUUGGAAGGUUCUAACAGAAAAAGCCAGUGAAGGACUUGGGGGCAGGGCAGCCCAGGGUAACGGCCUUCCCCAAGGAGCCUGGGGGCCACCCUGCACUGGAUCAGUGCUGGAGGAGGAUGGGAUGGAGGAUGCCAGAAGGUCUUAGUCCUCAGGCUGCCAGCACUGACCUCACCUUCCACUUCCAUGGUCCUGCUGAAUUCUUGAGCAGAGCCCAGGAUAAAAGUACAGACCCUGUAGAGGUUAUUUCUUGCAAGUCAGUCUUUUAUUUUUAUUUUUUAAACAAUAGCAAUAGCAAGAAAGACUGGGGGAGAAGAAAGAAAGAAAGAAAGAAAGAAAGAAAGAAAGAAAGAAAGAAAGAAAGAAAGAAAGAAAGAAAGAAAGAAAGAAAGAAAGAAAGAAAGAAAGAAAGAAAGAAAGAAAGAAAGAAAGAAAGAAAGAAAGAAAGAAAGAAAGAAAGAAAGAAAGAAAGAAAAAGAAGGAAAGAAAGAAAGAGAAAAAGAAAGAAAAACAACUGGGGCACCUGGGUGGCUCAGUCGUUAAGCGUCUGCCUUCGGCUCAGGUCAUGAUCCUGGGAUCGAGCCCCACAUCAGGCUCCCUGCUCGGCGGGAAGUCUGCUUCUCCCUCUCCCACUUCCCCUGCUUUUGUUCCCUCUCACACUGUCUGUCUCUCUCUGUCAAUUAAAUAAAUAAAAAUUAAAUUAAAAAAAAAGAAAGAAAGACAACUACCUGUAAGCUGAUGUUGAAAUUUCAGUCCAGCUCUGCUGAGUUUAACCAAAAGGGCACACACAGCCACAUAAGCAAAAUGACUUCAUUUCUUAGGCAAACAGGCAAUGAUAUAGUACAUUUUCUAUAAUUGCUGUCUUUUCUCAUUUCAUUAACAGUUCCAGAAACCAGAUUUAAGUGGGGCAUGAAGGACAUUUGUAUAUGGUGAUUCAAAUGCCAAAUUAAUCAUGAAGCUUUAACUGAGACUACACAUGCUUGAACAACCUUGACGCUGUUUACAAAUUAUGAGGUCCAGGGGAGUCUGUGAGUCUGGUUUCUCACGUUAGCCAAAGGUGGCUGGCCGAGCGCCUACUAUGUGCAGGACAUUGUGAGGCACGUCUGAAUUAUUCUUGAUACGGACGUUUUAAAGGUGAAUAACUUCACCAACCCUUGCUUUCUUGUCCCCUCCAAGUGUUGACUUUUCAAAAUGUGUUCAUUAUAAAAGUGACAUUCAAAUUACAAUAGAAAUCCAGAACACCACGUUGCCCCCAUCCCAGUAUCUGAUCAAGUCGGAGUUUUCAGUCUGCCCUCUUACCUCCUAGGCCUUCCCCAUUUGCAUAUACAAAUGUACAUAUUUGCAAUAGUACUAUAGAUGAGCUUUCAUAUUCCAAAUAGUCUCUUUAUUUUAUAGAACUUUAUUCGAUGCUUUUUUCAUUUUUCUAUGAUGUUUUAGUUCUUGCCUCCCCCAACCCACCCCCUCCUUCCUGCCUGAUCUGCUCCCCGUUUUCACUGUGCUUAGGUAUAUAAGGGAGGGUUUCUUUAAAAAAAAAAUUGAUUGUUCCUUUUAAAAAUACGGUAAUUGUACAUAUCACAUUUACCCCUCAGCAAUUUGCCUCUGUAACUUAAUGCUGCAUCAUGAAACUCUUUCCAGUUCAACAGUUAGCUGGUUAGUUAACGACAAUUGUCCUUUUAGAUUGCUGUGUAAUUAGUGCUCGCUUUGGCAGCACAUAUACUAGAUUGCUGUGUAAUUAAUACUCCAUAGUCCAGAUGGAUCCUGGUUGAUUCCAUUGCUUCCUGUUGACGGACCUUCAGGUAGCCUCAGUUUUUUUGCCACUGCAAACAAUAAACAUCCAUGUACAUACAGCCUUGCAAUGUGUGCCUUUU